AUAUAUCAAUAGUAGGUAACUGCGCACUUGUAUACAAACACGUAUAACAUAAAUAUCGUGCUGUUUAAAGAAAAUUUACCCAGAAAGGAUACUAAUAAUGAUGAUCCAGGUUUCUGUAGCUGUCGUGAUGGUUAUAUGUUUGGAUGAAGUAAAUGGAGGUUUGUUGGCAGUAUGUAGAAAUGGUGACGAAGAAAAUGUGUGUGCCCCAACACAUGAAUGUAAGGCCCCAGUUCUGGGAGAUUGUCAGCAGCUUUGGUGCUGUAAAGAGGAGACGUAUUCUAAUAGCACCCCGCCUGUUGGGGACUGCACAUGUGUAGCCGACUUCAAGUAUUGUGCACAACUCCCAUUUCCAUAUCCCCGCUCCAGUGAAUUUGGUGCAAGCUGUGUCUGCUGCGACUGUGAGGAAAAAUGCGUACCAUUAAAAAGAUAUGUUACCGAGACAGAACUUUGUCCUAAUUUUGAGAGACCUGUCGGAAGAUGUGACAACAAUAAAGAUCGCUACUGCUGUCCAUCAAUUGAUGAAACUCACAAGGCAUGUAAUAGCUUUAAAAGAUGUCCCAAACUCUGGAAGGACAUUGGCUCUUGUGGAAAAUGCUGUGAAUUCUAGUAAAGAAUGAAGGUGACAUUGAUGGCGAUAGAAAAACUGGACCAGUAUAAAAGGACAGCUGUAUGACAUGUUAAAACAUAUGAGACAAAUACGACGAACCGCUUAAGAUUUUGAAUUCACACGGUCAAUGCUUGUUUAUGAACACAAAUCCUCAGAAUAUAACCGUAUCAUAUUGGAAAAAAAUGAAUCAGUUAAAAGGAAUGCUUAAUGACAUAUUAAAACAUAUUAAUUAUAUUCUGACAAUUAAAUAUCUAGAAAAAAGUUGAUUAGUUUAUUAAGC